CUUUGGCAUAUGAAGGGACGGAGUGACUGGAGAAGCGUUUGCAAAGUUGUUCCUUCCGUUUACACCAUUUACAUGGGAAAAGAUAAGUACGAAAAUGAAGACCUAAUAAAGUAUGGCUGGCCUGAAGAUAUCUGGUUUCAUGUGGAUAAGCUCUCUUCCGCGCAUGUGUACCUUCGGUUACACAAGGGGCAGACGGUGGAUGACAUUCCUAAAGAAGUUUUGAUAGACUGUGCCCAUCUAGUGAAGGCGAAUAGCAUUCAAGGUUGCAAGAUGAACAACGUCAACGUGGUGUACACGCCGUGGACUAACCUGAAGAAGACUGCAGAUAUGGAUGUGGGGCAGAUCGGCUUUCACAGGCAGAAGGAUGUGAAAAUGCUGACAGUGGAGAAGAAGGUGAAUGAGAUCCUGAACCGGCUAGAGAAGACAAAAGUGGAGCGCUUCCCAGACCUGGCUGCUGAGAAGGAAGCCCGGGACAGAGAGGAGAGAAAUGAGAAAAAAGCCCAGAUCCAGGAGAUGAAGAGGAAGGAAAAGGAAGAGAUGAAGAAAAAGAAAGAGCAGGAAGAACUUAGGAGCUACUCGUCACUAAUGAAGGCUGAGAACAUGUCCUCCAAUCAGGAUGGCAACGAUUCAGAUGACUUUAUGUAAAUAAAGUCUCUCUCCUUUCUCAAUCAUGAGGUGGUUUGGGAUGUCUUAAUAUGUCACCAUCGCUAAGAAUGCCAAAAAAAACCCCAAAAAGGUGAACUCUGACUCCAUUUCUUCAGAACCUGGUUGGUUCUCCCGGCAGCCUGACCAGCUCUGUGCCAUGGACAACUUCUGAAAGGAGGAGAUCUGUACGUCUGCACAUACAUCUCUUUUUCAGGGACGUGGGCGGAAGGAAGCAGGAUUGACUUUCAGUUCUAUAAAGACAAUGAUAUUUAUUCUAGGGAAGGGGUUGGCGUAGCUUUUAAUCCAAC